UAGCACAUUCUGGCCCACCAGGACAGACAGAAGGGAGCGAGCCGGAGCGGAUAGAGAGAAGCAGCGGGGCAAGAUGGCGUCUUCUGCGCGGUGGAAUCACGUGUGGGUUGGAUCCGAGACUGGCAUCCUGAAAGGGGUGAACCUGCGGCGGAGACAGGCCACCAACUAUGUGGCGGCCUCGGCACUGCGCCGGGAUGAGGGCGUCUGCGCCAUGUGCUGGGGGGACCCCUCCGAGUCCGAGAUCCUCGUCGGCUGCCUGGAUCGGUCGGUGAAGCUGUUCAGCACCGAGAAGGGAAAGUUCACAGAGUCGCGGCAAUGUCUGGGCGGGGAGGGCUCGUUCUGCGGCCUGGCCGUGCACGACAGUUCCAUCAUCACCUGUGUGGAGUCUGGUCUCCUCAAGGUCUGGCGGGAUGCCUCAUCCGAAAACAUGGAAACCCAGGUGGGGGCUGGCAUGUGCCGUAUGCGCCAGAACCCUGCCCAGCCGCAGUGUGUGGGGACAGGUGGGAAGGAGAACGCUCUGAAGGUCUGGGACUUGCACCGGCCUGAGGAACCCAUCUUCCGUGCCAAAAAUGUGCGGAAUGACUGGCUCAAUCUCCGAGUCCCUGUGUGGGAGCGUGACCUGCAGUUCCUACCUGGGUCUGAGAAGAUUGUCACCUGCACUGGGCACCACCAGGUGCGGCUGUACGACCCCAGCUCCCCACAGCGGCGCCCUGUGCUGCAGGCAACCUAUGGGGAAUACCCCCUCACAGCCCUCUCCCUCACCCCUGGUGCUGACUCUGUGGUGGUAGGCAGCUCGCACGGGGACAUGGCUGUCAUCGACCUGCGGCAAGCAGGACGGCUGGUGAAAUGCCUGAAGGGCUUUGCUGGGAGUGUGCGCAGCGUCCACUGUCACCCCACCCUCCCACUCGUGGCUUCCUGUGGCCUUGACCGCUUCCUGCGGGUACAUAAUAUCGAGGACAAGCGCCUGGUACACAAGGUGUAUCUGAAGUCCCGGCUAAACUGCCUGCUGCUGACCAGCCGUGAGAAGUGGGAUGAUGAAGAACCUGAACCUGCAGCUCCCCAAGCAGACGUGAAGGAGGAAAAAGAUGAGCUGUGGGAUGGCAUGGAGACGGUGGCUACCAGAACAGUGCUCAAGCGCACCGCAGACCCCAAUGUCCGGGAGACCCAGCUAGGCAAGCAUCCCAAGAAGCAGAAGAGAACGAGCGCUGGGCCUUGAGGGGGGCGAGUGGGGAGCCUGUGCCCCAGCCAGAAAGGAUAAUGAACUCGCUCCCCACCCCGGCCAUAGGGACUCCUGCCUGGACAAGGGGAGGGGAAGCCUCAUGUCUCUGCUGGCCAGAGGCACCAGCCUCUCCCCCGCUACUGAAAGGGACUGGGGUGGAGGAGGAGUGGAAAUGUGCCAGCCCUAGCUGGGGUUGGCAGGGCCCUAACCUCUCAGAGAAUGCCACCCCCACUUGGACAAGGUGGGCUGAGCUGGGGGCAGUCACAGCCGACUGUGGGGCUGGAGGGCAGAGCUGGGUCCAUAAGGCCCAUUCCAUUGGCCAGCGAGUGGUGAGAGGAGCAGAUAUUUUGGGUGAGAGAUUUGGACCUACCCCCUGGACACCCAAGCUGUAAUGGCCGUCACACAGCAGUGUAAAAAGAACCUGUAACCGU